AUGUCACCACGCAGCGAAACCAACGGCACGACGACGACCGUCGUUCCGCCUUGCUCUGCCCACGCCGGCAACAUAAACAACAUGCUCUUGCCUGCGCCAGUCGGCAUCACGGCCACCACGGGGCUCUCGCCGACAACGAUCGCCUCGAUGGCCUCC